AUGAUGUCGCACCUCUGGCAACAGGAGCAGGACCACUCCAUUGAUGGUAUCAUGGAGUCCUUCGCUCCGGAAAGCAGCUUUACCUUUGAUGGUUCCAUGUCCGUUGGGACCACAACACCAAGCUUCUCUGCUGCAUCAUCCGUCUACGACCCUACCGGUCCCUUUACACCUCGCUCUGGCCGUUCUACACCUCAUGACCAGAGCUCAUCGCAGUCCACCAUCGACUUUGACGGGUCCUUCUCCUCUCAUGGCUCUUUCAACUUCGACCAUGGCUCAACACCAGACAAGAGCUACUUCCCCAAGCCCGAGAAGGUGGAGAUGGGGAUGCCUAUGCAAUAUGCGCAGUCUACUAUUCCCCUGACGCCUUCGAGGCGACAGAGCUCAGGUUACGGUAUGGAGCACCUUGACUACAACACUAUGCUUCACGUCACACUCAACUCGCACUGCGUGCCGGGCAUGUCCUCUCCCCAUCACCACAACCACCACCAGCCUCAGACAGAGCAAUAUUCCCUGCCGCAGGACCUCAACUCAUCCCCCUUUGUGAUGCCAACGCCUAACCGCGCCCUCCCUAACUCCACGCCGAGCAACAUCCAGAGCAUCUGGAGCUGCAGCAGCGAGAGCCCUAUCAUGAUGUUUGGCAGCGAGACUACACCAUCAACCUCCCCCCUUCACCCUAUGGCUGUUAAGCGCGAGACCACCAACUCCCCUUCACCCCUCCGCUCUCCUAACAGCGGUUCUGCCGCGUACCGACACGGCGUACGACGCCACAUCUUUGCUGAGGCUCAGCGCAAGACUCUUGCUCUCCAGAAGAACCAGAAUGACAUGGAGGCACUGAGGCAACUGCGAUCCAUCCAGGUUAACCAGGACGGAUCCGUCCUUGACUGCGGCGCCGUGAAGGUGCGCCACGUUGCGCCGAGGCGGGAGAGAUGCACCUACCCAGAGUGCACAAAGACUUUCAAGCGCAAGGAACACCUCAAGAGACAUUUCAAGGCAACUCAUGAGAAGGAAGUCGAGUUGUACACUUGCCCCGCGACAAACUGCAACCAUGUUUUUAAGGAGCGCCGUGACAACUUCGUAUCUCACCUUCUCCUACACAAGCAGGGCAAGUCCAGCAGGACACCCUACAACGAGAAAGCCGCCAAGCUCUACGACGAGAUGUGCCUGCAGAGCAAGAGCCGCAAGCGUGUCAAAACCGGCAGCUCGAGCAGCAGCAGCUCCAGCAGCUCAUCCAGCGGCAAAAACUGA